AUGGCAGACGUGGACAACACUCAGCGCUCGACCAAGAGAGCAAUACUAUCGUGUAUUGCGCGGAUUUUUGACCCGCUGGGAUUGCUAGGACCGGUCAUCGUGCGGGUAAAACUAUUCAUGCAACGACUGUGGAUACUGCAAGUGGACUGGGACGAAUCUUUGCCUUCGGAUUUGUAUACGGAAUGGAUCGCCUACAGAUCUCAAUUAAAACGGCUCAACGAAUUGCGAAUAGCACGCAUGGUGUCCAGAGUGGCGCCCAUGAAAUCGAUAUCCUUACCCAGGCUGGAGUUAUGUGGCGCUCAGCUAUUAUCACAGUUAAUUGACAAGGUACUUCCAAUUUUAGAUCUGAAAGUGCACGAGACAUAUUAUUGGACGGAUGCCACCAUUGUUUUGGAUUGGAUCCGAUCACCAAGCCGCGUGUUCAACACCUUCGUCGUCAACAGAAUUGGCGAAAUUCAAGAGCUUACACAAAUAGAGAGUUGGCAUCACGUGAGCACAAAUGAAAACCCUGCGGACAUUCUAUCUCGCGGUACCGACCCUGAGGCUUUCAUUGGGGUGACCCUUUGGUGGAACGGUCCAUCUUGGAUAAACAAAGACAAAUCGCUGUGGCCGGGGAGUGCACCACCUGAUGUCAACCCUGAAGAAUUCCUUGAGCACCGAAAGGUAACAAUAUCGACUGUCACUAUCCAAGAAUGUGACCUAAUUGAAGGAUUCUCAUCCUACAUCAAGCUCGUGCGCACAAUUGCUAGAUGUCUACGAUUCAUAUAUAAUGUACGUUCGGAGCCAAGUAAAAGAAGAUCCGGUCUUAUUGCGGCUCUGGAAUUGGAAGAGGCACGCAAGGUUAUCGUCAGGAGGAUUCAACAGGCAGCAUUUCACAAAGAAAUAGAGGCUAUCAAGAAUCAGGCAGAUGUACCAAGAGGCACUCGGUUGCUGGGACUGAACCCGUUCCUGGAUCAAGAGGACUUGUUGAGGGUGGGCGGUCGCUUGAGACAUUCAGCUUUACCAUAUGAGACCAAGCAUCAAUUAAUUCUACCGUCUCAUAAUCGGUUCACUCAGCUUGUCAUUGAGCAUGAGCACGCGAGACUGCUUCAUGCUGGUCCACAGGCUACAUUGGGAGCAUUAAGAUUACAGUAUUGGAUAUUAGGCGCUAGAGGAAUCAUCCGUGCGAUCGUGCAUAAAUGCGUUCCCUGCUUCAAGGCUGGGCCUCGUGCAUCGCAGCAGGUCAUGGGUAACCUUCCGUCAUUUCGAGUCAAACCGUCACGACCAUUUGACAACUUAGGAGUGGACUAUUGCGGACCGAUCUUUGUACGAGAAGGAAACCGUCGCAAUGCCCGGAGGUCCAAGGCCUGGAUUGCAAUCUUUGUAUGUCUGGUCACCAAGGCUGUACAUAUUGAACUGGUGACUAAUUUAAGCACCGAAGGAUUAUUGAACGCGUUGAAACGAUUUAUUGGGCGGCGCGGCAAGCCGUCGAACAUGUUCUCCGACAACGGCACCAAUUUCGUCGGAGCAAACUGUGAGUUGGAAGAGCUUUUCAAUCGUGAGGAAUUUAGGCACAGCAUCGUGAACAAGAUGGCGGAAGAAGCUAUUGCUUGGCAUUUCAUACCUCCCAAGGCACCGUACUUCGGCAGGCUGUGGGAGGCAGCGGUACGUUCAGCAAAGCUUCAUCUCAAUAGAGUAACAUCGAAAGGAGCGUUAACAUCUGAAGAGACAGCUACCCUGCUGACACAGGGCGUUUUCCAGCUAGGACACACAAAAUUGCACUGUGUUACACCGUGUAAAAUUCUUGUUGGAACGUUGAAAGUGUAG